UCCACUGGAGCAACAACUGUUUAGAGAAACAAGACAGAACAUUCUGGAGCUGCAACUGUCACUGGACUGAAACGCUUACAGGAGAGAAAAAAGAAGAAUAUUCAGGCAUUAAAGCACCAUUAAUGGUUUCUUUCAACUCAGUUUUUUAAACUGAGACUGAAGCCAUAUGGAUUGAUCCUUUUUUCCUUUGGCUGAUUUUCAGUGUGGUUUGAGUGGGCUGUGCUCUGCAGGAGAACAUACAGGAAACGCUCUCACCGACUUCUCACACACAGAGAAGCUGUUACUGCAGCAGCAGGAGUUUUAGCUGUGACUUGUCGACCGAAGUAAUGAUGUCAGGCAGAGUGGUUCCUUUCCUUCUCCUGUCUCUCUAUGUGACUGUGGGUUCAGUCCUGGGCCAAGGUUCCUCUCAGGAUACCUUUAUAAUCCAGUACCUGGAGAGGAGACUUUCUCAGAUGGAGGAGCGUCUGAAUCAAUGCGAGCAAAAGACAGUGACUGUCACCCAGAAGACCUAUGACAUUUCCUCUGAAGUCAGAGGUUAUGUGUCCACUCUAAAUGCUCUGAGAUCAGAGGUGAAGAACCAGGUGGACAGUGUGUCUUCACGUGUAGAGCGGGUGGAGAGAGAGUUGGAGUAUCUUGAAAACAAGAUCCCCACCCAGACUGACAUCGAGAUGGAAGAGGCACUGCUGGAACAACAGAUAAAGGCUGCUGAGCUGGACCUGCUCAAAAACAAAGCCAAGAUCCUAGUGGACAAUGACUGCAGCACAGCCCUGAGUCAAAUCAAGUCUCUCAAGAUUGUGAAGAGGGCAGGAGACGCCUACGGUUCCUGGUUCAAGGACCCCUCGGAAGGAUCAGCAAAGGUCUACCUGCUCAGUGGAAUCCGUAACAGCACCCUGCUGGAGUAUGUUUCUCUGCAGAGUUUCACAGAGAGGACCACAACAGCACCAGUCAGGGUGGUGGAGCUGCCUUUCCCCUGGCAGGGGACGGGUCAGGUGGUCUACAAUGGAUACCUCUACUACCACAAGGCAGACACUACCAACCAGAUACUGAAGGUGGAACUUUUGAAUGGUACAGUGAUGGACAGCACACUGCUACCAGGAGCAGGCCGUAUCCCAGUCUACAGUCUGAACCCCAACACCUACCUGGACAUGGCUGUGGAUGAACUCGGCCUCUGGGUCAUUCAUGCUGACACUGAGUAUGCAGGAAACCUGGUCAUCUCCAAACUGGAUAAAGGGAGUUUGGCAGUGGAGUAUACCUGGGAUACACAAUGUAGAAGCCGUGAUGCUGAAGGAGCGUUCCUAAUAUGUGGAACCCUUUAUGUGGUCUACAACACACGCUACGGAGGUCGCUCCACCAUACAGUGUCUCUACGACAUCCAUGACACCAUCCACAGUGGGGAGAGUCCGGUAUUGUUCUUCCCAAAACGCUACACCAGCCACAGCAGCAUCCACUACCACCCUGGGGACAAACAGCUGUACGCCUGGGACGACGGCUACCAGACGAUAUACAAAGUGGAGACAGCCAGACAUCCCCAAGUCACUGCAGAAUGAAGACGAUCGAGAGUGUUUAUGCUUUCAACAUAAAUUUAAAUCCAAAACUAUGCAAUAAACAUCACUUAUGAAAGUAUUAAUUAGGGACACCUAUAAAUAAAUAGCUUAUAAUCGACUGUUGCUCAGUAUAGUGAUCCUUUGCUGGCAAUGGAUGCUACCUUUAUCACUCAUACUCAUUAUAGACAUAAAGAUCAUGUCCGAACAAAGGCAUUUUAUACAUUAGACUUUUUUAUACUUUGUAUUACUUCAAUAAAGAUCAUUUAAGAGUCA